GGCCUCCGCACAUGCAGGUUUUCUCCGGCAUAAACUAUUGACGGAUAUCUCUUGUAGAGCUGAAUAAUUAUUAUUAAAAAGGGUGAAGAAGAUAAACACGGUUUACAGAGGACUGUGUCAGAAACAGAGGAGAGAGAGAAAUAAAGUCUCAUUGUUUGGGUAAAAGACGGAAGCUUUCUAGCUUUAUUGGAGGGGGGCGGGGGAGAGAGAGAUGGGUUGUUGUCGCUAUCUAUAUUUGGGGAGUGGGGGCGUUUAGUGACAGCAGCAGCGCCACCGUACAAGAAAGGCUCGACACCAACACAUGGACCAGAUUCGUCUACAAACCCAUUCCCAGUUUUCCAUUCAAAAUUUACUUUUACUACUGCAAUCCCCCUGUUUUUGUUUUUAUUUCAGAAAAUUGAUUACUGUGGAGGAUACCCCAGAUUAUUGCAACCCAAUUCUUGAUUUGCCCUCACUUCUCGGUGUUCAUAUCAGAAAUUUUGGUUGUUGUGGGGGUAGUAGCGGGAGUCGUUGGUCGCCGUCUCAUACUUUCAGGAUCAAAUCUGAGCGUCUUUUGACCCAAAGAGACCCCAAGGGACUUGAUUGUGAUCGUCAUCGCGCAACCAGCUUUCUUCUUAUCUUCUGUCGCCAUAAAGUUGAAGAAACUCGGUUAGUGUGAAAAAUUACAAGUAUAAGAAGGUUCCAUUUGUUCACAAAAAUGAAUCCACCUAAAGUCAAGCGCCAAGUUGGUAAAUAUGAGAUGGGAAGGACAAUUGGCGAGGGAACAUUUGCAAAAGUGAAGUUUGCGAGGAAUUCUAGGACUGGUGAACCUGUGGCUCUGAAGAUCCUCGACAAAGAGAAGGUCCUUAAACACAAGAUGGCUGAACAGAUCAAGCGGGAAGUAGCAACGAUGAAGUUAAUAAAACAUCCAAAUGUUGUCCGCUUAUAUGAGGUCAUGGGGAGCAAGACAAAGAUAUUUAUUGUUUUGGAGUUCGUUACUGGGGGAGAGCUUUUUGAUAAAAUUGUAAACAAUGGACGGAUGCGAGAGGAUGAUGCACGUAAAUAUUUUCAGCAGCUUAUUAAUGCUGUUGAUUAUUGCCACAGCAGGGGUGUUUUCCACAGAGACUUGAAGCCAGAAAACUUGCUUUUGGAUGCUUAUGGAAACCUUAAAGUUUCUGAUUUUGGGUUGAGUGCACUGUCCCAACAAGUCAGGGAUGAUGGCUUGCUUCACACCACUUGUGGAACUCCCAACUAUGUUGCUCCUGAGGUCCUAAAUGAUAGAGGUUAUGACGGGGCUACUGCUGACUUGUGGUCAUGUGGUGUCAUACUCUUUGUAUUGCUUGCAGGAUACUUGCCAUUCGAUGAUUCGAAUCUUGUGUACCUGUAUAAAAAGAUCUCAGCUGCUGAAUUUACUUUCCCCCCCUGGCUGUCUUUUGGUGCCAAAAAGUUGAUUACUCGAAUCUUGGAUCCCAACCCCUUGACUCGCAUUACUAUUCCUGAAAUAUUGGAGGAUGAAUGGUUUAAGAAAGGUUAUAAACCACCUGUGUUUGAUGAGAAAGAAGAUACAAACUUGGAUGAUGUAGAAGCUGUUUUUCAGGAUUCAGAAGAACAUCAUGUGACAGAGAAAAAUGAAGAACAGCCAGCAGCUAUGAAUGCAUUUGAGUUAAUCUCUAUGUCGAAAGGACUCAACCUUGGAAAUUUAUUUGAUGCAGAGCAGGAAUUUAAGAGAGAAACAAGGUUCACGUCAAAACGCCCAGCCAAUGAAAUAAUCAGCAAAAUUGAAGAAGCUGCAAAGCCUUUGGGUUUUGAUGUUCACAAGAAAAAUUACAAGAUGAGACUCCAAAAUAUGAAAGCUGGAAGAAAGGGAAACCUUAAUGUCGCUACAGAGGUAUUUCAAGUGGCCCCUUCGCUUCAUAUGGUUGAGGUGCGAAAAGCAAAAGGGGACACUUUAGAAUUUCACAAGUUUUACAAGAGUCUUUCAACCUCCCUUGAAGAUGUGGUUUGGAAAACUGAGGAAGAUAUGCAAGAAAAAUGAAUUUUACAAAAGCCCUUCAGCCUCCCUUGAAAAAGUGGCUUGGAGAACUGAGGAUAUGUCAGAAAAAUGAAGUGAGAACAGUUGCCUGCAUUGUAUGAUAAUGUUCAGCCUUUUGUUUUGGGCGUCUUACUGUUACUUUUUUUCUCAAGUUAUUCCAAAAUUUACCCUCUGUAUUUAUGAGACAAUUUGUUGCUUUCAGUAGAAUUUAGGAGACCCAUCCUAACUGAAAGUUUUUCAUGUUUUUUCAUUGAACACCAUGCAUUGUGUUAGAGGUGCUGCUUAAUUUUGAUAGACGGGAAAAAAUAUUUGUGAAGAAUUUUUUUUUUUAAA